UCCGGUUUUGUGCAUCAACAUUUGGCACUGUCUGUGGAAAACGACACGAAAAGCUAUGUUGGUUCUCUUUCAUUUUUCCAUCUCACCACCGUGAACCUACAGAAACCCAAAAAACCUCAAAAACAGAAAGAACUGAUCUCUCUCUCAUGAUCAAAAACUCCUAAAAUGUUACCUUUCUUUCUCAGCCCCGUCUCCUUAUACGCCAUCUGCGUCCGCCGUUGCUUUGUCAGCUCGGGCCUCUCCCAGCAAACCCUACAACUCGACAAUGAUUAAACCACACUCCACUUCUGGGGUCCCAACCCUAAACUUUCUAACCAAACCCAAAACCCCGAAAAAGCAUCACUCGUUCUAAUCCACGGCUUUGGCCCCGCCGCCAUGUGGCAGUGGCAGAACCAAGUCCAGUUCUUCUCCCCCCACUUCAACGUUUACGUCCCUAACCUUGUCUUCUUCGAGAAGUCCACCACCGCAUCCCCAGAGCGAACCAAGGUUUUUUCAGGCAUCCUCGGUCGCCAAGAUGAUGGAAAAGGUCGGGGUGGAGAGAUUUAGUGUGAUGGGGAAGAGCUACGGCGGCUUUGUGGCGUACCACUUGGCGAGGAUAUGGCUGGAGAGAGUGGAGAAUGUGGUGAUUGCCAACUCUGGGGUUAACAUGAGGAGAAGAGAUCACGAGGUGCUUUUGAAGAAGGCAAAGUUGGAAAAGAUUGAAGAUCUCAUGUUGCAUUCCACGGCGUCUCAGCUCAACAAGUUACUCAGCCUCGCCAUGGCCCGGCGGCUCGACAUCAUUCCCGACUUGUUCUUAAGCGACAUAAUACAGAUUUCCCAAAAUGGGAAGCUAUUUCAGCUUGUCACAGUGGCAGGAGCUGAAGCUGCAGGCUUUGAUAUUCAAGGUAUUAGGGAAGAGCUGCCAUGGAUCCGGAACCGACGAGGUGCAGGAAGAUUCUUGCUAACAGUUACUGGCAGAAAAGCUGACCCGAUUUGGUUCAUGGUGCUCGACGCCUCUGCUUUACUAAUCUGCUCACCGGCUCACCUCGUGCAAGUCCAUACUCACCGAUUUGAACUCGACCCAGACCCACGACCUCGUCGUCCCUGGUGGUCCCGCCGAAACCUUGUCGCCACCUUCCCCAGCUAUCUCAGAAUAAUGGAGAAAGGGCUUUCUGAGAAGUCAUGAGAAAGAAGAAGAUAAGUUUCUAUUAUCAAUUCUAUUAUUAUUCCCUUGUCUGCCAUAUGCUAAAAGGAAAAAGAUAAAAAGAAAGAAAAAUAAAGCAAAAGGAAAAGGAGGUAUGUAGGUAGAGAAAAAGGAAAAAAGAUGUCUGGUAUUUCCUGCAUAAUAGUCGAUGAGGCUCACGAAAGGAGCCUGAAUACUGAUCUCUUGUUGGCAUUAGUAAAAGAUUUACUUGGUCGACGGUC